GUAUUAAUCAUCAAUAGCUACAAUAAUAACAAAAAUAUAUACUUAAGCAGUGAAGUGUGAAGUAUUAAAAUGCACGGUAAAUCGAUCGUUGGUUUGGCCGGCAUUUCGUUGCUGCUUUUUGUUGCGGUAUCUGCAGAUGUGUCACAUCUUGCCGUUGAGGAAACUCCUGUGACCGAGGUUUGCCUGCGAUGUAUUUGCGAUGCGUCUAGCGGUUGCGAUCCGUCUGUUCGUUGCAGCGGUGAUGCCUGCGGAAUGUUUAGAAUUACCUGGGCAUACUGGGCCGAUGCUGGCAAACCGGUUCUACAGGGAGAUGUACCGGACUCGCAAGGAGCAUACGCGAACUGCGCAAACGACCCUUUCUGCGCCGCCAGAACUGUACAAGGGUACAUGAGGAAGUUUGGUCAGGAUUGCAACGGGGAUGGAAUCAUCGAUUGUUUGGAUCACGCCGCUAUCCACAAGCUGGGCGGCUAUGGCUGCAAGAGUGCAGUUCCGGUUGCCUAUCAAAGCAAGAUCGACCAAUGCAUUCACUAUGCGGCUGGUACACAGGUCUAGAAACCGUUAGGUACCGGCAGUGAUCAUUUGCUAGAGUUAGAUCAUCAACCGGCGAACGAUGUGGUACUUCAUAUAGAGAGUAAAAGCAUAAGACAGAAUGCAAUGUCAAUGUCAAUCAAUUUAUUAUCUCAAAUCUCCUCCAUGCAGAGCGAAACGUUGUAUGAAUGCGUCAUUUAUUUAUUAUCAUAUUGAA